GGGAGGCAGACGGAGCCGACUGUCACUCACGCUGAAGAAUGAGGUCCUUAAAGCACCUGAAACUUCACAGCAGGAGGAGCGCGGAGGAGGCGAGCCGGCGCCUGGGUAGAUGUGAGCCCAAGGUAAUGGCCAGGCUGGUGGACAUAAGCACACAGACAGAUCCCGUAGUUGUGCUGUCCUUGGCCCAGGCCGCCGUGCUAGGUCUCAUCUCCCAGAAUGAAGUGUUUGGAGCUACCAUUGCACCCAACGGCUUCUACACCGGCGAACCCAAAGAGUCCCCCGCACCCCCAGUAGACGGCGUCGACUACGAGUACGCAGACCAGCUUAUCGGAGCCAACGGAGAUUACCUCGGAGACAACCUAGGAGAAGACGGCCAGAUGCAGCCCAGCUGCAGCCAGAGGAGGUGGCAGCAGGCGCCGCCCCCGCAACACGUGGACACCAAAAUGGUCCUCCCAGACCGCCACACCCUCCAGGGCGCUGACGUGGCGUCGUCCCACGUGAAAGGCGAAGGGGUGACCUCCGCCAUGUCUUCCUGCGUCCACAUGCUGAACAAUAUGGCUCCCAGAGGAGGAUUAAUUCAGGUAGACCCAGCGACUCUCAGAGGCCCCAACAAGAACUGUGCCGAGUGCGAGCGCGAAGUGACCAACCAGCAGCAAGCUAGCACUCACGUCCACCCUCCUCCCGCCCAGGUGGUGCACAGAGGAGCAGAGCAGGGCCACAGGGGACUCCAGGCCCAGCGCCCCAUGGGGGGCCACGGCCGAGGCGGUAGAGAGGACGAGGAGGAGGUGGAACACCCGGGAAACGCCAUGAUGAAGCCCACCCAGCAGGAAGAAGCUAUCAGCAGCUACUUUCAGACCAGCGAGGUGGGCAGCUAUGAUUCCACAGACAUGGGCAUGGGUGGCGAGUACGAAGACAGCAGCCAGAGCAUGAUGUGGACAGACGGGAGCAGUGGAGCGCCGCACCAGCAGCCCCCGCACCCGCAGCCUCCCCGGCGACACGGCGGCCGCAGAGUGGACCGGCUGGACAUCAACAUCCAGAUCGACGAGUCGUACUGCGUGGACGUGGGAGACGGCCUGAAGCGCUGGAAGUGUCGCAUGUGCGACAAGUCCUACACCUCCAAGUACAACCUGGUCACGCACAUCCUGGGCCACAACGGCAUCAAGCCCCACGCCUGUCCGCACUGCGGGAAGCUCUUCAAGCAGCCCAGUCACCUCCAAACCCACCUCCUGACCCACCAAGGAACCCGGCCGCACAAGUGCACCGUCUGCAAGAAGGGCUUCACCCAAACCAGCCACCUGAAGCGCCACAUGCUCCAGCACACCGACGUCAAGCCAUACAGCUGCCGCUUCUGCCGCCGGGGCUUCGCCUAUCCCAGCGAGCUGCGCGCGCACGAGGUGAAGCACGAGCGCGGCCGCUGCCACGUGUGCUCGCAGUGCGGCAUGGAGUUCCCCACCUACGCCCACCUCAAACGGCACCAGACCAGCCACCAAGGCCCCCACACCUUCCAGUGCACCGAGUGCAACAAGUCGUUUGCCUAUCGAAGCCAGCUCCAGAACCACCUCCUGAAGCACCAGAGCCCGAGGCCUUACACCUGCUCCCAGUGCGGCCUGGAGUUCGUGCAGCUCCACCACCUGCGGCAGCACUCGCUAACCCACAAGGGAAUGAAGGGCCACAAGUGCGAAGUGUGUUCUCGGGAGUUCACCCUGUCUGCCAACCUCAAGAGGCACAUGCUCAUCCACAACAGUGUCAGACCCUUCCAGUGUCACGUCUGCUUCAAGAGCUUCAUCCAGAAGCAGACCCUAAAGACCCACAUGAUCGUCCAUCUGCCUGUGAAGCCGUUCAAAUGCAAGGUCUGUGGGAAGUCGUUCAACAGAAUGUACAACCUGCUGGGCCACAUGCAUCUCCAUGCCGGCAAUAAGCCCUUCAAGUGUCCUUACUGCACCAGUAAGUUCAACCUGAAGGGAAACCUCAGCAGGCACAUGAAGGUCAAACAUGGAAUGGACGUCUCACCAGAAGGACAAGAAGCCCUUCCUGAAAUGGAAAGCCAGGGUGAAUAUGAAGGCCAGAACUUCAACUUUACAUCACCGGACAAUAUGGACAACAGCGGUUCACAGAACCUCACGAAACUCACCACCGCGAACAUGGAGGACAUGGAGGAGUAUUACAAUUUCGGGAAGGAUACGAGCAGCUACUCCACACCAUGAGUUUUUCAACCAGAGAAGAUACUUUUUUCCCCCCCUUCUUCUUUAAGAUGAUGGAAAUUAAACAGUUGUUUUCUCAGACGUUGGGAAAGUGGUGUUUUUUUUUCUCUUCCUUAUAGCUCAGGCCUCCCUCCAGAACUUGAAGGACGAUGAUGGGAGGCCUGGAAGGAGGCGGGCUUCAAAGGAGACGUUUCAGCCCUGACGUCUGCAGCAGAGACUGAAGCUGCUGAUGUGGUCUGGAGCUCCUUUCACAGAACAACUAGACUUACUGACUCACAAACUGUCACUGAUGGACAGUCAGAUCUGUAUGUUGUGUGUACGUAUCAGUUACUAUGGAGAAAACACUACAGAUGUUAUUAAAAAAAAUAAAUUGUUGGCCAUCUUUGUUCAGACAUCCAACAUACGCCAUCCUGUUUUGGGAACUGGAAACGUUUCCCAGCUCAGUUUGCACCAUGUCCACCAGUUACUCGCUAAAUACUGACGUUUUGAUAUUCACAGCAUAUUGAUGCAUUUCAACAGUUCUGGUCAGCCGUUUCUAAUUGUGGUUGGCCGUUUCUCCCAGGCUGUCCACAGCUUCUGAAGCGUUUGGGCUUUUUCCUUUUCCAUCCACAGGACACCUUCAACAAUAUUUCCUACUUUCCCAUGCUGGCCUUACAAACAAAACUGCUGGCAUUUACAGUGCAUUGCAAAAUUAUUCACCCUCCCUUUGGCAUUUUUCAUGUUUUGUUCCCUCAAGACCUCAAAUUAAAAUAGAUUCUUAGAGCGUUUGUACUAUUUCACUUACAGAACAUGCCUAAAACUUUAAAGAUCUAUUUUUUUUUAUUGUGAAACAAACUGUCACGAUUUGUUAUAUGAACCCGAACACAUGCCACACACGAAGCUUAGCUUUGAGGAUUUAUUGAAAGAGGGAUGGGUAGUAAUGAACCAGAGUCUGUAACCAAGCUGGAGCAGGAGGAUGAAGAUGGCAGAAAACCCAGCUGCUAAUAGAGGCUUGACUUGAGGCACAGAGGAGACAGGAACCCAGCAGCUGACAGAGGCUUGACUUGAAGCUCUGAGGAGGCAGGAAAACCCAGCAGUCAGCAGAGGCCUACUUAAGGCACAGAGGAGGCAGGAGGACCCAGCAACAAACAGAUGCCUCACUAGAAGCAGAGAGGUGGCAGGUAAAUCCAGCAGCUGAAGCACAGAUGAGGCAGGUAACUCCAGCAGCUAGCAGAGGCUUGAAGCAGAGAGGUGGCAGGUUAAUUCAGCAGCGAGCAGAGGCCUUACUUGAAACUCAAGGGAGAGACGCACACAUGUGGCAGGGUUCCAGUAGCAAGCAGGGGCAAACCAGGCUGACAGACGUGAAGUGAGUGGAGUCUGAUGACGAACCGGCAAGGAAGAGAAGACUGAGGGAGGCUUUUGUAGGGAGGCUGGCAGGUGGAGUGAGUUCUGACUAAUGAGUGACCAACAGGUGUGACUGAUAGCUGGGGAAGUGGAUGGUGAGCUGAGUGAGAGGAGGAGGAGAAACUGAAAACCAACAGGAAAAAAGCCAGACUAAGAACUAACCCUAACAACAAAUACACCAAAGUAAUACAAAGCUUCAGCAUGCUGAACUGUUCAAACGUACAUUUUGAAGAGCCAUUUCAGCUGCACCAGGCUGUGGCUCAGUCUCUCUGAACUCACCACAUCCUGCCACUGGGAGUUCUGCCCAACUCCUUCUUGUUGGAUGGUUUUCACUUGGGAACAGCAGUCUUCAAGUCUAACCACAGAUUCUCAACUGGAUUGAGAUAUAGACUUUGACUAGGCCAUUCCAACACAUUCAUAUAUUUCCCCUAAACCAGUCUGCUUCAGGUCAUUUUCCUGCUGGAAGGUGAACCUCCGUCCCAGUCUCAAACCACAGGCAGACUGAAAGGUUCUGCUCCAGACUGUUCCUCUAUUUAGUACCAUCCAUCUGUCCCUCCACUCAGACCAGUUCCAAGUCCCUGCUGCUGAAAAACAUCCCCACAGCAUGAUGCUGCUACCACCAUGUUUCACUGUGGGGAUGAUGGGAUGUGUUGGGUUUGCAUCAGACAUAGCGUUUUCCGUGGUGGUUAGAAAAGUUCAACUUUACUCAUCUGACCACAGCACCUCCCUUCGAACAUCUUGCUUAGUGGUGCUGAAGCUUCUGGGGGAUUUCAGAAAAGGUUAAUUUAUACUGACAGAUCACGUGACACUUGGACUGCAUACAGGUGGACUUUUGAAGGUAAUUGGUUUCACCAGAACCUUUUAGGGGGUUCAUAGCACAGGGGUGGAUACAUAUGCCAAAUUUCAGAAUUUAUUAAUCCUUUUUUAUAUAUUGUUUCUCAUUUCACUUCGUCAACAUAGACUAGUGCUGACCCAUUAGAUACAAUACGAUUAAAAACAUUUAAAUUACUGGUUGGAAUGUAUAGGUACAAAGUUGGGGGGGGGGGGGGGGGAAUACUUUUGCAAGGCACUGUAAAAGCCCCUCCACUGUACAGAGGUUUCUGCAACAUGCAGUGUUUACCCACAGUUUUAUUUCACAUGGUCUAGCUUUACAUGAAUGAUCUAUCCUGUGUAGUGAAUAUACCACUCUAGAUUUUCAAUUACUGAGUAAAUAAUACAAAGCACUUUUUUUGUUGGAACUUUUUCGUUGGGGAAAUAAGAUUGCAAAAUCUUUCAACCCCAGUUAUGGCAAUAUUAUUAAACUAUAUUAUUAAACAACA